UGUGCGGAAACUCCCGGAUGUGAGACGUGUUGUCAGUGAAAACCACUCACGAACAGCCACGAAAAAUGCAAUAACAAUCUUGACUUUCUCGUACAAUUCCUCCGAAAACUUCCCAAAAAACAUGCUCUGAAGGGUAUCUAUCAAUUGAACAUUGAAUGAUGCGAGAGAUGGUGCUCACAGCGGCGAGCUUGGCCCUAACGGGGGCCGUUGUCGCGAAUGCUUACUACCAGAAACAUCAGUUUUAUCCCUCUGUUGUCUACCUCACAAAGUCUUCCCCGAGUAUGGCGGUUCUUUAUCUGCAAGCUUUUGUCUUCGUUAUUCUAAUGGGAAAGCUUAUACGGAAAGUGUUUUUCGGCCAGUUACGGGCUGCUGAGAUGGAGCAUUUGAUAGAGAGAUCAUGGUAUGCAGUCACUGAGACCUGCCUUGCCUUUACUGUGUUCAGAGAUGACUUCAGUCCUCGAUUUGUAGCUCAGUUCACCAUGUUGCUAUUUCUGAAGUGCUUUCACUGGCUAGCAGAGGACAGAAUAGAUUAUAUGGAGCGCAGUCCUGUGCUGACAUGGUUAUUCCAUGUGCGUGCCAUCUGUUUAUUAACAUUCCUUGGACUUGUGGAUAGUUUUCUUGUUCAUGUGGCAUAUAAUACAACUAUACAGAGCGGGGCUUCAGUGCAGCUUGUUUUUGGAUUUGAGUAUGCCAUUUUGCUGACAAUGGUAGCAACAGUGUUUAUGAAGUACACUCUGCAUGUGAUAGACCUGCAAAGUGAAAACCCUUGGGAUAACAAAGCUGUCUUCCUUCUCUAUACAGAGCUUAUAAUGGGAUUUAUCAAGGCUGUGCUGUAUAUCUGCUUUGUGGCUAUCAUGAUCAAAGUCCAUACUUUCCCAUUAUUCGCCAUCAGGCCUAUGUACCUCACACUCAGAGGGUUCAAAAAGUCACUUAGUGAUGUUAUUAUGUCUAGGAGAGCUAUAUCAAAUAUGAAUACAUUAUAUCCAGAUGCAACUGCAGAGGAGCUAGCCCAGGGAGACAAUGUGUGCAUUAUCUGCAGAGAAGAGAUGACAACUGCCUGUAAAAAGCUUCCCUGUAAUCACAUUUUCCAUGCCAGCUGCCUUAGGUCCUGGUUCCAGAGGCAACAGACCUGUCCCACUUGUCGCAUGGAUGUACUACGCCCCCAGGCACGCCCACAGUCCCAACCUGCACCAGCAGCCCCACCACAAAUGCCACAAGCAAACGGAAUGCCUAUGAUGGGUCAAUUCGGCAUGUUUCCUGGAUGGCCACAAAUGGGUAUGCCACCACCACCUGGACCUGGUCAACCAGAAAUGCCUGGACAACCACAGGUCACACCUCAAACACCAAGCCCUGCCAGUCCAGGCUCCAGUACUUCACCAAGUGCAGUCCCCCCCAUGGCAAUGCCACAGAUGUCUGGCAUGCCCCCUUUCAUGAUGCCACCGCCACCAUUUAUGAUGCCUCCUAUGAUGGGCUUGCCGUUCAUGCCACCCCCUCCACCACCUCCCAGUACCGAAGACCUUUCGUCACUUGGAGUGGAGGAGCUGGCAGCUGUAGAGGGAAGAGAGAGGCAGCAGGUUGAGUCCCGUAUUGCGAUGCUGAGGAACGUACACAUGUUGCUUGAUGUGGCUAUAGGCCAACUGAACCAGUACACGCAGAUGGUCAACGCACAGAGCCAAGCUUCCUCUUCCACGUCAACACAAACAAACUCUUCGACUGAAUCCAGUGCGGCAAAAACCAAAGGAGAGAAACCUCCUGCUAAGCCAAAAGACGCUCCUAAAAGUACUUCUGAUUGGCCUUCCCUCACCUCCCCCGCCAUCCAACCCGUCGCACCAGCCACGCCCAGUACCACUACUACAGCACCUUCGACGGCUGAUAGUAAAGAGACUACAUCCCCUCUGGUCCCCGAGGCUGUGGGCGCGAGUCCAGAGGCUGCAGACAGUGCGGAGGAUGAGGCCAGUCAAGAGCUGAGGAGGAGGCGACUGGAGCGGUUCAUGAGCGGCGAGGCCGAGGGGAAGAAGGCGGAAGAUACGAACGAGUCAUCAGUUUGAUGUUGAUGAACUGCCUGAACGAGCCACGUAUCCUGCUGAAGCCGAGUAUUUAGCUCGAUUUACUAUAGUCCGACUGGAAGGGGGACACCUUUCGAUACAGAAGGAUGACAUUCCUUUAGGUAGACCACACUCGAUAAGGAGACCCUGUUAUUAGGGUUUUUUGUUGAAAUCUUUGUAACAAGGGGUAGUCAGAGUCCCAUGCCUUUUAUCCCUUCAAUUUGAGUGGGCUGGACGGGUGUUGCCUAUGAUAAAGUGAGGUACAAAUGAUAGUUAAGCGGAUCCAGUAAAUCUUGAGAUCGUUUUUUCUGUGUGUGGCCUGAGAUCACGUCUUGUUUUAGUAAGGGUAAUUACUCCGACCAAACUUUGCUAAAGCUUUAAGACGACACUUAAUGAGACUGAGAAGUUUUGUUAACGUUUUGUUACCCUUUGUGCUUUGUUACAAUAGAACCUCCUUUAAAAUAGCCCUCAAGGUGACUCGCCUGACAGUUAUACAGAGAAUUUACUUGCUAGAAGCCCUAGUUUCUCAGGGACACUUAAAGGCGCUUUUCACCACUUGUUUAUACGGGCAUUUGCGGAUAGCGCGGAUGGGGAAUUCGUCAAUAGGGCGUGGGCAGGACAUUCGUUGUAGGGUAUAUAGUUAAGGCUUUAGAAUAUUGAAUUAUACCGCAGCACGAGCUGCAAGGGUUUUUAAAAGUCCUUGUAAUCAUGGAACCAAUGAAUGUGUAAAGAAAAUAUAUUUGUAUUAUUUAAAGUUACUGUUUUGACCUGAAGACGUCCAAUAAAAACAGUGACAAUA